GUCUGCAUCGCAUCCAGAAACUGAUUCUUUUAUCUAAUGUUACUUUUUGCAGUAGUCUUAUUAGCUGAUAAACUUGAGAAUGCACCUUUACGGUGAACAGAAUUUCCAGUUUUAUCCCGUGCACCGCUGGAAUUCGGUGGAUGUGCUGACGGAGAGCGGACUCUUCCAGCACGGCGAAGUGAUCGACGUGGCCGAGAAGGGCCUGAUCGUGGAUUUCCACUGCAGCGACCAACGGUCGCAGUUCGUCCGCUACGACAAAAUUUUUAACGCUUCCGUCGUCUUCGGUUCCGCGGCUUCCCAAAACUGGCUCUGCGAACUGCAGUGGAAUUACGCACUGUCGGAGAAUGCCAUGGUGGAAGUGCUGUGGCGCUCGCAACCGGGUGCUGCCUGGAUGUGGUACCCUGCGCGGCUCCUGCAUCGUGCUUUCUUCUUUCCCUUUCACGAUAUUGGCCUCGCGUAUGGCGAAGUGGAGUUGGAUGGUCGACGUCAAACGGAACUGUUCUCCGCCGACCAAGUGCGUUUCCCGCCAUCGAAGGAAGAUUUGGCUCAACGAGCGCUGAAAGAAGGCUCCUUUGCUUCGCGAGAGCAGCGUUUGCCUAACAAUUUUUGGUCGGACACCACGUCUCUGUCAUGUAAUCACUUUCGCGAAUACCUUCAGUUUUUCGGCAACGAAGUUCGUGUUGUAUCGAUGCUGAGCGAAACACUGAAGUAUGUGCAGCGAACAGCCGCGAAGCCCCUGACAGAGAAGGAUGUGGCAACUAAGUACGAGUCAAGCCGAAAGGCGUUUGCACAGCUUCAACGGCUGCAAAAUCAAAAGCAGGAUGUUCCAGUGCAAACGCCGUUUAACGCGAUCGAGACACCGGCAAAGCGCAAGCAUCCUGAUGACGAUGCACAGCCGGAGGUGGAACGUCUCUUACCAAGUGCACCGCAUCUCCUGCGCGAGAUCUUCCAGUCCAUGGACAGUGUCGGCCGAGUGAAACUGCGUCGCGUCUGUCCGCUGUGGAAUUGACCUCUUGAGCGACGCGGAUAGCGGGAAAACAGUCCGGAUAUCCUUCUCCACGAACCCGUUUUUCCCACUGGUAGGGGAGAAUUUCAUUUAUGUGUACGGCGGCGUGGCUGGUCUCAUCAAGUGCAUGAACAGUUCCACGCAGCGCUUGAUUAUCGAGUGUGUCCACGGGGAGAAUUUGGACGGUGCGCUGGUGGCGAUGAAGUGGAUGCUGCGUGACAAACACCUCAAACAGCUCAUCUUCCAUAGCGUGGAACUCGUGUGGGACGAUCGUUUCGUGGAGCAGUACGUCAGCAGCGGCGAUGUGGAGGUUGCGGAGGUGGAGGGUGAUGGCAACACACUGGUGCGACGCCUGGCCCAGCACUUCAACAAUCUGGCGCCCAGGUGCGACGAAAUCCGACUGCGCCGAUGUGAUAUUAACUGCCUGGAGCAGAUGACCGUGGUUGUUGCGCAUGCGACAAUGAAGCCGGGGGCCACGGAUAUCGAAGCGCAAUUCUGGGAUCUGUACGAGUCCAGUCUGUCUCGUAAGGAAGUGAAUCUGGAAGAAACGGCGGACUGGAUUCGCACAGGAUCGGAAGCGCUUCGCACGAUGAUUGCGAAGUACCUCAAUGAAUGGCAAAGCAGCGAUCCGCGCUUAACUACGCAGUAUCGCGAUCACGAGUGGACGGUGGAGAAUCUGAAAGAUCUGGAUGUCUCCAAGCUGACCAUCCUCACUCUGCGCGCCCUGAAGGAAGUCCUUCCCGAAGAUAUGAUGGAAGAUGUGUAA